AUGAGGAAAAUGCUAGCGGCUGUGGUGUCCCGCGUGUUUUCGGGAGAGGUCCAGAAGCCGCCGCUCAGAGGGCUGCUGGCAUCCUUUAACUUCUCCAGUAAAGCCACCUGUGACAUUAAGAAAUGCGAUCUGUUCCGGCUGGAGGAAGGGCCCGCCACCUCCACCUUGCUCACCCGAGAGGAGGCCCUCAAAUACUACCGGGCCAUGCAGGUGAUUCGGCGCAUGGAGCUCAAGUCGGAUCAGCUCUAUAAGCAGAAAUUCAUCCGCGGUUUCUGUCACCUGUGUGACGGGCAGGAAGCCUGCUAUGUGGGCCUGGAGGCAGGGAUAAAUCCCACGGAUCAUAUCAUCACCUCCUACAGGUCUCAUGGCGUUUCCUACACGCGGGGAAUGUCCGUGAAAUCCAUUCUCGCAGAGCUGACCGGCCGCAGAGCGGGCUGCUCAAAAGGCAAGGGAGGCUCCAUGCACAUGUACCACAAGAACUUCUACGGCGGCAAUGGCAUUGUAGGGGCACAAGGACCCCUGGGAGCUGGUGUUGCUUUUGCCUGUAAGUACUUGGAAACUGGUGCGGUCUGUGUGGCCAUGUACGGUGAUGGUGCGGCUAACCAGGGCCAGAUAGCUGAAGCUUACAAUAUGUCAGCCUUGUGGAAAUUACCCUGCAUUUUCAUCUGUGAGAAUAACCGUUAUUCUAUGGGGACAGCUAUCGAAAGAGCAGCUGCCAGCACUGAAUACUAUAAGAGAGGCAGUUUUAUCCCUGGACUGCGGGUGAAUGGGAUGGAUAUUCUCUGUGUUCGUGAGGCGACCAAGUUUGCAGCUAAUCACUGCAGAUCUGGAAAGGGGCCCAUUUUGGUGGAGCUGCUGACCUACCGUUAUCAUGGUCACAGUAUGAGUGAUCCAGGGAUCAGUUACCGCACACGAGAGGAAGUUCAUGACGUGAGAAGCAAGAGUGACCCGAUUAUGCUUUUCCGUGAGAAAAUGGUGAACAACAACCUCAGCAAUGUUGAAGAACUGAAGGAAAUUGAUGCAGAAGUGAAAAAAGAAGUCGAGGAAGCAGCCCAGUUUGCUAUAACGGAUCCAGAACCAUCUGUGGAAGAAAUAGCACAUAGCAUCUACCAACAAUCUACACCCUUUGAAGUUCGUGGUACAAAUAAGUGGAUCAAGUAUAAGUCCAUCAGUUAG